AAAAGCCAUUUCUGGCGUCAGCGUAUUAAAAAUAUUAUUGAACAAGAAGCAAAUGCAAGUUUUGAAUACAUGUCAUCAGACAUUGGAAAGGAAAGAAUCCUUAAUCCAAAAGAUUGGCUUCCAAUUAUGGAGGUGAAGUAUGUUCCAAAUGUGAUUGAUGAGGAAGUUCGGGAAAGAAUUGAUCGUUAUAUAGAGGAAAAAGUGCGAUCGCCUGAUGUACUUGAACGAUUCACGAAUAUUAAAGAUGAUAUUUUGAGUUCCUAUAAAGAAAUGUCUUUCGAAAUCGAAAGAAUGGAAACUGAAUGGACCGGAACUCCCGUUGUAAUUAGCUCAGAAAAGGAAGGAAUUUAUAAAGAAGAGUCAAUCGCUCCUUAUGUAGCUGGAGUAAUAGCGACAGCUCCAAUUUGGUUUCCUCUGCUGGCUGCAGGGUUUGCAAUAGCUGUUGCUUCAGCACCAGUUGUUGCCCCAAUCAUUGCUUACUUACGUAGCGAUUCUAGGAAAAAGAAAAUUAUAGAUAAAGAAUAUGAAAAAAGUAAAUCCUUGUUUAAAUCCAAGAUAUGCAACUCAAUGGAAGAAAACCACGGUGAUGCAUUGAAUAAACUGAUAUCAAAGAUCACAGACGUUCUUUUGCGAAGAAGAAUAAAAUUCAUCGAAGAAACUAUCAAGGAACUCUCUGAAAACCGGGAAAAAAUAAUUGCAAACCAAAAAAGUUUAAACAGUCUUUCAGAAAAGAUCACGUCUAUUAAGGAAUCUGCCGAAGAAUUUAAAAAAACAAUAAAUACCUCUUCAACUUAGUGAAUAUGAGUUAGACAAUAUUCAGAAAGAAAAUAUAACUAUAUAGUUUCCAAG